AGUGCAUACAUUCAUGUGUACGUGCAUAGUUAUUACUACAUAUCAAAUCUGGCUAUCCCCGGUGCUCGUACCUGCAGCCCUGCCACCUUAACUGCUUGACAACCUUGGAACCUGACAGCGGUCCAAAAUAUUUUGUUGAUACAUAUCCUCAUCCCAUCUAAUGUCAAUUUUCUUAUUUACUUCUAGUCAAUCGGCAGUCAAUUGUUCCAUCUCUAUUAUCUAGACUAUCCUUCAUGGCUUCACUUCGCUUGAUCAUCGAAGAUGGUCAUUUUAAAGAUACACAUGGCAGACACGUCUUGCUAAGGGGCAUCAACGUCGCAGGCGACUCCAAAUUACCCAGCGAACCCGAUGUGCCAUCCCAUGUCUCCCAGGACUUUUUCGACGGCGAUAAUGUCAAAUUCCACAACCGACCAUUUCGGAAAGAAGAUGCUCACAUACACUUUUCCCGCUUGAAACGGUUUGGAUAUAACACCAUCCGCUAUGUUUUUACUUGGGAGGCUAUCGAAGCUGCUGGACCCGGGAGAUAUGACGAAGUCUGGAUUCAGCAUACGAUUGAUGUCUUACGAACGGCCAAGGAGUAUGGCUUCUAUAUAUUUAUGGACCCUCAUCAGGACGUCUGGUCGCGGUAUUGUGGCGGAUCGGGCGCUCCCAUGUGGACGAUAUAUGCUUGCGGGUUAAAUCCCCAGAGCUUCGCUGCUACCGAAGCUGCUAUUGUACAUAAUACAUAUCCCGACCCCGAAAACUUCCCAAAAAUGAUCUGGUCUACCAACUACUAUCGACUCGCGGCAGCCACGAUAUUCACACUCUUCUUCGCCGGACGUGAUUUCGCCCCUAAGUGUAUCAUAGAUGGCAUGAAUAUUCAGGAUUAUUUGCAAGGACACUUCAUGCGUGCUUGUGAGCAUCUUGCGAGGCGUAUACACGAAGCUGGUGGAAUAGAAGACGAUGUGGUGUUCGGGUGGGAAACUCUGAAUGAGCCGAACAGAUGCAUGAUUGGACAUCCUGACUUGAGCAUUAUCCCUCCCGAGCAGAAUCUCAAAAAGGGCACUUCCCCAACCUUGUGGCAAGCGAUGCUGACUGGGUCCGGCCGAGCGUGUGAAGUUGACACAUGGGAUAUGGGAGGUCUGGGGCCUUACAAAGUUGGACGUACGCUAGUUGACCCCCAUGGUGAAAUGGCGUGGUUACCAGGAGAUUAUGAUGAAUCUCGAUACGGUUGGAAGCGGGACCCUGACUGGAAGUUGGGUGAAUGCAUUUGGGCCCUACAUGGAGUGUGGGAUCCCUCUAAUGACACGUUACUACGAAAGGAUUACUUCGCGAAGCACCCAACUAACGGCAACAAACUAGACAAUGAGGUCUUUACGAAUACCUACUUUCUAGAAUUCUAUCGAAAAUAUCGGGAUACCAUCAGAUCUAUUCACAAGGAUGCGAUUAUGCUGUGCCAGCCGCCAGUCUUUGAAUUGCCCCCCAAAAUUAAGGGUACAGCAGAUGACGACUCGAGGUUGGUGUACGCACCACACUAUUACGAUGGCAUUACCCUCAUGACGAAGAAAUGGAACCGUACGUGGAAUGUGGAUGUUUACGGGGUGCUCCGUGGCCACUACUGGCAUCCAGCUUUCGCCAUAAAAAUUGGUGAGACGGCCAUUCGAAACAGCUUCAAGGAGCAGAUGGCCGCCAUGAGGAAAGAAGGACUAGAUUAUAUGGGAAAUCAUCCGUGCAUAUUAACCGAGUUUGGGAUUCCAUACGACAUGGACGAUAAAUACGCAUAUAAGACAGGUGACUACUCAAGUCAAUCUGCCGCCAUGGAUGCGAAUCACUUCGCUGUGGAGGGUUCAUCCAUGGAGGGGUAUACAUUAUGGUUAUACGACGCAACGAAUGAUCACCAACGAGGUGACUUAUGGAAUGGUGAAGAUUUAUCCAUCUUUUCCGUAGAUGACCAAACAUUGCCAGUAUCCGCUGUUCCUCGGACGCCCGACCUUAAUCAGUCGACAUCCAGCCUCCUGAAAACAGCGACCGCGGGCAGUAGAAAAGAGGUUGAAGAUGAGACCUCAGUCACACCUAGCAAUCUAAAGCGCACCAUAACGAACCCUUCCAUCUCGUCCUCGCCACCUAGUGAGGCUCCUGAAUUGACUAACGCGCCUGGGUACCGCGCCGCGGAAGCAUAUGUUCGCCCUGCGCCGAUAGCAGUCAAUGGCGCUAUAACAAACUAUGGCUUCGAUUUGAAGAAUUGCGAGUUCACGUUAACCGUCGAAGGAAUCGAGUCCCCGUCUCAAGACCUACCUACGACGAUAUUCCUACCCGAAUACCAUUUUCCUAAGGAGCAGUGCACGGUAGCAGUCAGCUCUGGAAAAUGGGAGAUCAGUACAGAUGAUGAUGAACAUGCUUGGGUCCAGAAACUUCGUUGGUGGCAUGGUGCUGGCCAGCAGAAUCUUAAAAUCACGGGCGUGAUACGACCACAUAACAGCAUGGCUGGCACAGCGGAGGAGGCUGGCUACUUGGACCAGUGCCAGGAUUCCUAUAAUUUUGACGUCAAAAGUUGUAACGUCAUGUAAUCAACGUUACGAAUUCGGUUGAAUAGGCAUACACCUGAAAGAAGGAUCUGAUGCAAAUCCAUAUACGUUUUCUCGCGGUAUCUGCUGUGGUACUUCGAGGAGGCUCAUUUAAUGUAGCUUUGAGGGAAAUAACGACAAAG